AUCGUUAUUGACGCCCAAAGAAUUUGAAUCGUUACCUACUUAUAACUUAGUUUAGCGUCUGGCAUUAAUAAUAGUACAGACAAGACUCUAGGCUGAACUCCGGAAUAGUCAUGGCACCUAAAUUGUUGUGGAUAACAAUUAUUCACGUCUUACUAUGGAACUUUAUAUUUUCUGUAACUGAAAGUAUUGAAUUAAAUGGAGCUGAAGAUUUAUUAUCAAAUAAUUUUCGUGACCGAGUACGGUUUACUACACAUAUUUGUGAUCGCUUGAAAAAUUUACCACCACCAGCUGCUUAUAAUAAUAAUGAUGAACCUCUAUCUGAUUCAGAUAGUGAUGGUAAUUUUGAAAAUCCGGGCUUAGUUAAAAAUUUGAGAAAAUCAUUAAAUCCUGUAAAAAGGCAUGCAAGCUUACGAUGCUAUAACCUUCAUACACAGGAAAAUAACGAACCUAAUAAACCAGAUCCUUCAAUAACAAAUGAGUGGCAAAUGAAGUCGACUCCUGUAAAUAAUGCAUUUGGUGCAAAUUUGCAGAAUGACUUAUUAGUGGCUCAAAAACCAAAAGUUGUAGAACUAAAAAAAAUUGACAUUAAUUUUCAUAAAAUGGUACAUCAAGAACCAUUGUAUUCUACAGUAUCACUUUUACAAAAAGGAAACCUUAUUGGAGAAAAUCCUAACUAUGUCCCAAACCUUCAAUUAAAUUUACAAGAUAAGACGAACAAAAUUAAAUCAUUAAUUUCUGCUCCACAACAUAAGUUAGUCGAUGUAAUACCUGUUAAAUUAUUGGAUGAAAGUCUACAAAACAAAUUUGUCAAGCCACCGCUGACUUUUCCAUCACCUUCUAAAUUUAUUAAAUCUCCCGUAUCUUAUUCAUUAUUCCGGCCAACUGAAGUACAUAAUAAUAAUGAUAAUGUAGCAGUGUUAACGACAGAUAACGAUAAACAAAGUAACCCGUCAAAACUGAUUCCACUUUCACCACAUAAUAUACCGAAUAAAGAUGUUUAUCAACUAGAUUCGCUAAUUGAGAAAAAACCAUUAUUGUCUGCUGUUCCAUUCAUUCAGAUUAACAAGCCAAAACCUGUAGAAAUAUUGGAUGACAAACGUGUACCACCUAUCGCGUAUCGACCUACAUCUCCUCAGUAUAUAAAAGUUCCUGUCAUAAAACCAGUAUUUGUACCAAUUUUUAUGCAAAAAGAAGUAUCGAUAUCACCAGCAAAUGAACAACCGCAGACAACCAAUUUUGGUUUGUUAUCACAACCUAAAAUAACCAAAAACGGCAUUGCUGAAUCAACGUCUCAACCAAACCUAUUUGAAAAAGAAGUUUCAAUAUCUCUGCCAUAUAAAAAACCACAGGGCUUAAUUGAUUUGUUAUCGCCUCCACAAUAUAUAAAGACUUCUGAUACUGAAAUAGUACAUAAACCGAUCGCAAUCGAAAAAGAAGUAUCAAUAUCUGAACCAAACGUACAACAAAAACAACCGAUAAUUGAUUUGCCACCACAAACUCCGAUAUUUAUAAGGACUCCUGACAAAGAUUCAUUAAACCCGGCGAUACCAGGAAAAACAAUAGUAUCAGUAAAUGCACCGUACGAGCAAAAACCAUCAAUAAUUAGUUUGCUAUCGCCUCCUCAAGUAACCGAGACAUUCAACAGUGAAUCAACAUCUCAGAUAAUACCGAUUCAAAAUGAAGUUUCAACGCCCGCUUCGUAUGUACAACAACAGCCAUUAGUUAAUUUUUCGCCACCACCUCCACAGUUUCAACAAAUUAAAAUACAAAAAGAAAUAUCAAUACCAUUACCAUAUCAACAACAAAAGAUUGGUGUACCUCUAAAGCUAGUUAAUUCUUUUAACUCUGAAUUGUUAUCUCAGACAAUUUCUCAAAAAAAAAAUUCAUUAUAUGAUCAACAAAAGCCAAUCAUUUUGCCAUCACCUCCUCCAUUAAUCAAGACCACUACUUCAGCGCAUGCCAACUAUAAUUGAAUAAUAAAUAUUCACUAUUUAUUUGUCACAACUUUAAAAACAUCAACAUUUUUGCAUUUAUGAUGUUUUUGAAUUUGUGACAAAAAAAAAAAAAAAAGAUGGUUUAAUAUAAAAUAAUUUAAUUAUAUAAAUCCAUAAUUCAUCUUGAUUGCGGACAUUCCUUUUUAUUUAAAAAUACUCGAAUUAUGUAUACAAUUUAUCAAUUAUCCAAUCUUACAAUGUAAAAAUUUAUAAAUUUUAAUAAUUUAAAAUUAAUAACAAUUUUUAUACAUUGGCCAUGUGUAUUAAAUAACUGUAUUGAGUUUAUUACAUUUUUAAUAAAACAUAUAGGAAUAUGACAUAUAUUUAUAAACUUUUUCAUAUUUUAUUAUUUUACACAAGCAUUUUUUUAUAUUUAAUAAAUAUAAUUAUUAAAGUUUUUAAUAUAAUAUAAGAAAUUUAAUUUUCUUUAUUAUAAUGGUUCAUAAAGAAUAACAAAAUGUAUUAGUGUAUAAUAGAUUAUUGAGUGUUCGAAAAUUUAAAUUAAUAAAAUUAAACAUUUAAUGUUUAAUUAAUUAAUUGUUUUUUGUUACAAUUAAUCAGAAACUUAAGAAGAUCUGUUUCUUAAUGUUUUAAUGAAAUGUGCACUUAAGAUGCUUAGUUAUUGUGACAGCGUUUCUCAAUCUGAUUUUAUUUUUAAAUUUUCACAAACAAAAUGUUUACAUUUUUUUUAGUUAAUUUAGCCCCCCCUCCUAAAAAUUUCAAUGAAUUUUUGCCUAUGCUUAUGACUAUGAGUUAUACUUAUACAUAAUAAUAUAUUGCUAAAUUUAUUUAAAACUAUUUUUAUUCAAUUUUGUUUAUCAUGUUUUUUAAAUUAUUAUUUCUAAAAAACGUUUUUAAUUAUUGAUCUACAAUCAGUUCGAGAGAACUAGAUGAUUAAAAAUUUAAAAAGAUUAUCUUCUAUUUGUCGUGUGACAAAUUACUUCAGAUAUGCAUUAUAUAUAUAUGUAUACUCAAAUUUGAGUCACGAAGAGCCAAUGCUUGAAACCAACAUAGUACAUUUUAACAGUUUGCAUUUCGGGAACUGUUUUUAAUGUUUCAAUUUUAGGGACAGUAUGUUAGCAAAUGGAAAAAAAUUAAAGUUUUAAACGUUUAUAACCGGUUUCAAGCACCAUCAAAAAAAUUAAAUUAAUUUUCAUAACAUGCAUAUCCAAACAACAGGUUUUAAAGUUACAAGUUUAUUAUAUUUUAUUAUAAAUUAUAAUUUGUUAUUAAGCUAUAUUAUAUUCUUAUAUUAAGUGAAGUACUUAAAAUUAAUAUGAUAUUGUUCAGUCUCUGGUCUUGAAUAUUAAAGAUAUCGGUCCGUCCGGUUUGUUUAUCAAUAAAGAUUUACUGUCCAAC